AUGUCGAUCCACGCCGACAUCGCCGAGGAAAUCACUCUCGACGAACGAUUUAACGAGGUGUUUGAGCGGUGCCUCCAAACACCGCCACCGAAGCCGCCACCAACCAGGAUGCUGACACCCGAGGAGGUCCGGGCUGCAGUCCGGAAACGAGCCGCCGGACGCCCCGAGGAUGACCCGACCGUCCGACGACCGACCCGGCCGAGCAAGCCCGUGACACCACCGGCCCGCCGAGCGGUGCUCAUCCGAGCACCUCCAGCCACCGCCGCCAUCAGCCGCCACUACCGUACGGCAGGACCACCGCCGCCAAUGGCCCGGACAACACCACCCACCGGCCACCGCACACCGCUAACUGGGUCAGGCCACCGGAUAGCUAACCCACACGCUACCACGGUCCGGCAAUCCGACCACCAGCCCCUCCCAGCACUGGAAAUCUCGAGGCCAGCGCUCCAGGCAGCAGCCAUCACGGUCGACCCGCCGGCAACUACCCCCGGAACCGCACCGAGCCACACCGUCCAACCGAAGCAGCACCACCAGACCGCACCGACCACUACAGUCACAGUACCCGGGGGAGAGAUCCUGGAGAUCUCCUCCCACAUCAUCCGGGACGUCCGCCGCUACAGGGCCAAAGUCCCCAACGGACACUGGGUCCUGAG